GAAUAAUACACACCACAUGCGCCAAGCUAGAAAAUUCAGACUGUAAAGUGCUUGAAAGGACCCAUACAUCUUUAAAAUGUCAAAAUUGAACUCCUAUUAUUCAAAGUGGUGUAAUUUUCCAGUCCACCUUUAAUAAAGAGAUGACAUGAUUUACACAACUAGCAUGAAUUGACCAUGAGGGCAUUUCUUUUCGCAGUCAAACAAGUACCACAGAAAAACAGACCAUCUCGGAUGAUGCAUUAUCUUUCUUAUUUCUUCCAUUUUCAUGUAGUUGUUUCAGUUUAUAGCAAGUGAGUGACAACCAUGGCUACUGAAUCGUUAAAAAUUAUCAUUCUCUUGUUACUUUCUUGUGUUCUUCUCAAAAUUUCAGCUCAAACCGAAGCAGAAGCUUUAAUAAAAUGGAAAAACAGUUUAAAUUCUCAUUCUCUUACCUCAUGGUCUCUUUCGAAUGGAAGCACCAAUCCUUGCAGGUGGUCUGGGAUAAAAUGUCGCAGCUCAAACAGUGUAGUAGAGUUAAAUCUCGAUUCGUCAGGUGUGAAUGGAAAACUUGAUCAAUUCAACUUCUCAGUGUUCCGCAAUCUCACCUCGCUCAAUCUUAAUCUCAAUAAUCUGACUGGUGAUAUACCAACUCAAAUUGGGUCUCUUCCAAAGCUUACUUACCUAAAUUUGGCGAAUAACAACUUCUCAGGAACAAUGCCAGCAGAAGUUGGAAAACUCGCAGAGCUUCGUUUUCUUCGACUAGCCAUUAAUAAUCUUACUGGACCAAUCCCAUAUCAGGUUUGCAGUCUACAGAAGUUACAGAAUCUUGAUUUAUCUGUGAACUAUUUAUCAAAUCCAGACCCUACUCGGUGUAAGGGCAUGGCAUCAUUGACUCGUCUUGAUCUCAAUCUCAAUUCAUUGGCAUCAGAAGUCCCACCUUUCAUCUUCAAAAGCCCGAAACUAGUCUAUGUUGACAUUUCAGAUAAUCCUGAUAUAGGAGGUUUAUUUCCAAUUCAAUUCAUGAAGACUUUGAAGAAUAUUCAGUUCCUUAAUCUGUCUGGCAAUUCAUUUGAAGGACCAAUUCCACCAGAAAUCGGAAGCCUUACCCAACUUCAAGACCUGAAGCUGAGUAGAAACCAGUUGAAUGGUUCGAUACCACCCGAGAUCGGUCGGUUAGCCAACCUCAGAACUCUUGAAUUGAAUGAAAAUCCAUUAGAAGGACCAUUUCCACCUUCUAUAGGAAAUCUUAAGAUGCUGCAAAGACUAGACCUUACAGAUGUGAAGUUGAAUUCCAGCAUUCCAGACGAGAUUGGCUUGUGUACCAAUCUUACCUUCCUGGGAUUGGCCUCGACCAAUCUACAAGGUUUUUUGCCGCCUUCAAUGGCUUCCCUAACCCAACUCAGCGAGUUCGGAAUUUCAAGUAAUCAAUUAUCUGGUGAGAUUCUACCAUAUUUACUGUCCAAUUGGACUCAACUAAUUUCCCUUCAACUUCAAGAGAACUCCUUCACAGGAACAAUUCCUCGUGAAGUCGGUUUGUUAAAAAAACUCAAUAUACUAUACAUGUUCAAGAACAAAAUAUCAGGUCCCAUACCUUCAGAGAUUGGAAACUUGUCAAAUCUGAUGGAGCUCGACUUAUCAGAGAAUCUAAUUGAUGGCUCAAUUCCAUCAAGCAUAGGAAAAUUAACUAUGCUGAACCGCAUGAACUUCUACGGCAACCAACUCAGUGGAAUGCUUCCUCGAGAAAUAGGUAACAUGGAAGGCUUGACGACUUUUGAUGUGAGCAUGAACAGAUUGCAAGGAGAAUUGCCUUCAUCAAUAACUCAGCUGCAGAACUUGGAACUGUUUUAUCUCGGAAAUAACAGCUUUACUGGUAGUAUACCGGAAGAGUUUGGUCCCAGAUCCUUGAAAAAUGCAAGCUUCUCUUUAAACAAUUUCACCGGAAAGCUUCCUCCCAACAUUUGCCUAGGAGGGAACCUAUUAUACUUGGGAGCCAACAAAAAUAAUCUAAACGGACCAAUACCUGAAAGCUUGAGGAACUGCUCAAAAUUAGACAGAGUCCGGCUAGAAGACAACCUUUUGGAGGGAGACAUCACAGAUGCAUUUGGUGUUUACCCAAUUCUGAAAUUUAUUGACUUGAGUAGAAAUCAGUUGUCGGGGAAAUUGUCAUCGAACUGGGGAGCAUGCACCCAGCUUUCAUACUUCAGAAUAUCGGAUAACAUGAUAUCAGGUGAAAUCCCACCAGUUCUCGCAAGCUUAAAAUCUCUGCAAGAUAUUAGUUUUUCUUCAAACAGAUUGUCAGGUCAGAUCCCAGUGGAUAUGUUCAAUUCAGAUUCAGUUAUAUUCAAUCUAAAUUUAAGCAGAAAUCAAUUCUCAGGUAAGAUACCUGUAGAGGUUGGAAAAUUAGCACGUCUUAGUAAUUUGGAUUUGUCCGUAAACAACCUCAGUGGGCCUAUACCUGGGGAAAUUGGGGACUGCGAAAAAAUAAUAUCUUUGAAACUAAAUGAUAACAAGUUAAGUGGCCUAAUUCCGUACCAGGUUGGGAAUCUGGAUGCUUUGCAGUCUAAUCUUGAUCUCAGUCAAAAUGAACUCAAUGGAGAGAUAUCACCACAGAUUGGGAAUUUAAGAAAUCUGGAGUUCUUGAACCUCUCUAACAACAGGUUAUCUGGUUCAAUACCCUCUUCUCUACAGGGUAUGCUAAGUCUUACAUCCAUUGAUCUUUCAAAUAACGAACUCGAGGGUUCAGUUCCAGAUGUGAAUGCAUUCCAAAAAGAUCCUGUCAAAGCCUUAGGAGGUAAUCAAGGUCUGUGCAGCAAUGAGUUGAAGGGUUUGAGCCUUUGUGGUGGUACACCAGCAUCCAAUAACCGCAGCAAAAAAAAUAAAUGGAAAUUAAUAAUUGCAGUCGUUGUUCCAGUUGCUGUAUCACUGAUUCUUCUUCUGAUUCUGUUUGGAAUUUUUUGCUGCUGCCGUAAGCACAAAAAUGACUCAGAUGAGGAAAACCUAGAUUCAGGUGGUGACAGUUCAUUCUCGGUAUGGAACUACAAUGGAAACGUGGUUUUCAAAGAUAUUGUAAAGGCAACAAAGAAUUUCGAUGAGAAGUACUGCAUAGGAAAAGGUGGACAAGGAAGUGUAUACAAAGCAACACUUCAAAAUGACAUAAAUUUUGCUGUAAAGCGUCUCCAUGAUACAUCAUCAUCAUCAUCCAGUGAACAUGCAUCCUCAGAGGCAACGCAUUAUAAGACUUUUGAGUCUGAAGUACAUGCCCUGACAGACAUACGGCAUCGAAAUAUUGUGAAAAUGUACGGUUUCUCUUCGAGGAAGGGCUCUAUGUUCUUGGUAUAUGAAUAUGUGGAGAGGGGUAGCUUGUCGAGUGUGUUGUAUAAUGAGAAAGAGGCAAAGAGUUUGGACUGGUCAAGGAGGUUAAAGAUUAUCAAAGGUGUGGCGCAGGCCUUAUCUUACUUGCACCAUGACUGCACCCCGCCUAUUGUGCACCGAGACAUAACCGGAAAUAACAUUUUACUGAGCCCAGAAUAUGAAGCUAAGGUCUCAGAUUUUGGGACAGCAAGGUUGCUAAAACCAGAUGAGUCUAACUGGACAGUACCAGUCGGCUCCUAUGGCUACAUUGCUCCAGAACUUGCAUCUACAAUGAAGGUGACAGAGAAAUGUGACGUAUACAGUUUCGGAGUUGUUGCAUUGGAACUCUUAUUCGGGAAGCACCCUGGGGAAUUCCUUUUGCACCUACAAUCUGAAGGACAUGAUCUGUUUCUAGUGGAUGCAUUAGACAAGCGCCUAACUCUCCCAACUGGAGUAACUGCAGAUGAAUUGGUUUUUAUAGUAACCUUUGCUUUGGCAUGUAUACGUACAUCUCCAAUAUCUAGACCAACCAUGCAUUUUGUAAGUCGUGAGCUUACAGCAAAUACAGUUCUACCUAUAGAUGAGAACUUUCACUUGCUCACAUUGCAGAAAUUGAUGAAGGUUUUGUAAUUGAACUAUAAAUUUCAAUAAAUAAUUUAUAAAUUUAGUAAGUGGGUGGAAUUUACUUUCA